AAAUCUUAAGCGUCACAAACAAACAUGGCAUCCAUGCAUUCCUCUACUUGCAUUUUCUCUCUCUUUCUCAUCUUCCAUCUCUCCCUUGCAAUCCCCUCAACAACUUCCUCUCCCGAUACGGUGUGUAGGUCAACUCCUUUCCCUUCCGUUUGCAAAUCCAUGUUGCCGGGUAACCAACCUGGCAGUACCAUACAUGACUAUGGCCGUUUUUCCAUCCGCCGGUCCUUAGCAAUAACUCAAAAUCUUCUCUCUUUGAUCAAUAGUAACCUUAGUAACCAAAACACAUUGUCUCAAACCGCCAUUCGUGCUCUCCAGGAUUGCCAACACCUCAUCAGCUUAAACCUAGAUUUCUUGUCCAAUGCCAGCCAAUCCAUUGGUUUUACAGACACCCUUCAAAGUUCACAAGCUGAUGACACACAUACUUUACUAAGUGCUGUCUUGACCAACCAACAAACUUGCUCAGACGGGCUUCAAGUUGCGACUUUGCCUUCUUCAGCCAUUCAAAAUGCCCUUCUAACUCCGUUAAACAAUGGAAACAUGAUGAAUAGCGUGUCGCUAGCUCUUUUCAAGCAAGGUUGGGCCCACAAUGAGGCCAGACGUGGGCGGGGGCUGCUGACACAACUAUUUUUUGGUGGUGGUGCUGGAGGGGUGAAUGUGAGCCAAAUGGUGGUGGUGAACCAGGAUGGUAGUGGGAACUUCACCAAUAUCACUGCUGCGGUGGCGGCAGCGCCUACUUAUAGCAACGGUAGCAAUGGCUAUUUCGUGAUUCAUGUGGUGGCCGGAGUUUAUCAAGAGUAUGUUACGAUUACAAAGCACCAAACUUACUUGAUGAUGAUCGGAGAUGGGAUUAACCAGACUGUCAUCACCGGUAACCAUAGCGUGGCGGAUGGGUGGACAACUUUCAAUUCUGCAACAUUUGUUGUGGAAGGCCAAGGAUUUGUGGCCCUAAACCUAACCAUCCGCAACACUGCCGGACCGCAAAAGUCCCAAGCGGUGGCGCUUCGAAACGACGCCGACUUGUCCACUUUCUACAACUGCAGUUUCGAAGGAUACCAAGACACCCUCUACACCCAUUCCCUCCGGCAAUUCUACCGACAAUGCGAUGUCUAUGGUACCGUCGAUUUCAUCUUUGGAAAUGCAGCGACUGUUCUUCAAGAUUGCAAUAUAUACCCGCGGCUUCCCUUGCUAGGCCAGUCUAAUACAAUCACCGCGCAAGGUAAGACCGAUAUAAAUCAAAACACCGGGACUUCAAUUCAUAAUUGUAGCAUUACUGCUGCCCAGGACUUGGCGUCGAGCAAUGGCACGACACAAACUUUCCUAGGCAGGCCAUGGAAGCUUUACUCGACGGUAGUUUAUAUGCAAUCCUUCAUGGAUAGCUUGAUUAAUCCUGCUGGGUGGGCCCCGUGGUCUGGGGAUUUUGCAUUGAACACAUCAUACUAUGCAGAGUAUAAUAACUAUGGACCGGGGUCCAAUACUAGUAAUCGGGUCACAUGGCUUGGUUACCAUGUGAUUGGUGCAACGGAUGCUGUGAAUUUUACUGUCUCUAAUUUCAUAUUUGGAGAUCACUGGUUACCUCAAACUAAAGUCCCUUAUAUUGGUGGUUUAAUGUGAGUUAUGAUUUUAAAUAUUGGUACAUAUUAUCUGAUAUUGGUUGAUAUAUAGUUAUAUAGCCAAUGUUGAUAAGUAUCUUGUUACCAUUAUUUAAAACUAUAAUAAGUAUAACACCUUUUGCUAUUUCAUUCUUGAAUUAAAUUUGUUUUCAAUUUUCUUCCCUUCCAAAAUAACAUUCCAUGAUGUAAGAAUGCCAAGAAAAUGUCUUACUUAUGAGUUGUAAUUUAUUUGUUUUAAUGUAAACAAUCUCUAGUGUUAUUCAAGAUUUGGCUUGGGAACUCCCACAACCAAACACCAGUAAUCAACAGUGUGUACAGUAUACAUGCUCAUAUGGUAUCUACUGUUCCUGUACUUUCUUUCAUUCCCAAACCACUUGGCUAUUAUUUUUCGGAGAA